UCCAAAACCCUAAAGGCUAAAGACAUAAAUCGCACCCGCUCCCUCGCUCCCUUCCUGUGUGUCGUUUUCUUUACUUACAGUCUUUCCCUCUAAAUUGUGGGCGUACAACCAUGGCGACGCCUUCGUUGGACGAAGAUACGGCGAAGAAAGUUCUCCGACAGGUUGAGUUCUACUUCAGCGAUAGCAAUCUCCCAAGGGACAAUUUUCUCAAGAAAUCCAUCAGUGAAAGCGAUGAUGGAAUGGUGGAUUUGGCUUUGAUAUGUUCUUUUACUCGGAUGAGAAAUCAUCUCAAUUUGGGGAACGUGAAGCCCAAUGAGGUCCCAGAAGAUACCGUUAAAGCUGUUGCCGAGACCCUUACGAAAUCUACUUCUCUAAAGGUUUCUGAAGAUGGGAGAAAGAUUGGUAGAACUACUGAACUCCCAAAGCCAGAAGACGUAAUCGAGCAACUAGACAUAAGAACAAUAGCUGCAUCGCCGUUAGAGUAUGGUGUGACCCAAGAAGAUUUGGAGAUUUUCUUUGGUCAAUUUGCCAAGGUUAAUAGUGUGAGGCUGCCCCGUCACAUUGGUGACAAAAGGUUCUUUUGCGGUACUGCUUUGAUUGAGUUUUCUACAGAGGAGGAUGCUGAAAAGGUUUCGAAGCAAGGCUUGGUUUAUGCGGGUGUUGCUUUAGAACUAAAACCAAAGAGGGAUUUUGACAUAGAGAGAGCAAGAGAAACAGAGGAACAUGAGAAGGCUCUUUCUCUCAGGGGUCCAAAUUAUAAGAAUAACUCAAAUGCAGAGUCAAACUACCCUAAAGGCUUAAUUAUUUCAUUUACACUAAAGAGCAAGUCAGAUGGAGGUUCCACAGGACAAAAUGGUACUAAUGUCACAGCCAAUGACUGCGAAACUGUUUGCAAAACAGGUGGGGUAUUAGAUUCGUCAGAAAAUGCAAAUGGAGAAACUGAAAAGGUGGUGGUAGAAAAUGUUAAUAAAGAUGGACAAAUGCCUGGAGAGAGUAUUGAGAUGGGCGAUGAAGAAAAGGUUGACGAGGAUAAUGGUUUGGGGAGUGAAGAAAAUGAAAAUGAAGACAAAGAGAAGUCUCCCAAAGGUCCCACUGAAAUAGGUUGCGAGAAAGAACAGAGAGUUAAUGCUGCUGCCUACAAGGACGACAUGAAUGUUGUUUUGCGUGAGGAUCUGAAAGUUGUCUUUCAACAGUUUGGCACAGUCAAGUACAUUGAUUUCAAGCUUGGAGCAGAUUCGGGAUACAUUCGGUUUGAAGAACCUGAAGCAGCCCAGAAAGCUCGUGCUGCUGCUGUCCUUUCUGAACAAGAGGGUCUCCUCGUUAAGAAUUACAUUGCCAUUCUAGAACCACUCACUGGUGAGGUUGAGAGGGAGUACUGGAGCGUUCUCCGUGGUAGUCAGGAAAAGCACAGGGAAAUCAAGGGACACCGAGGAAGGGGAGGAAAAUACAAUAGAGGUGGGAGACAUGGUCGCUACAGGGAAAAUGAUACCGCAACUGGUCGCCCAAAUAAAGCCCAGAAAGUCGGAGCCGCAUGAGCUAUUUUUGAAGCUUCAAUCAGUUAUGGGGAUCAUUUUUCCAGGACACCUGUAGACUUCUGGGGAAGAAGAAGUCCUCUCCUUGCUUCUCGAUCCCCCGGUGUCUCAUCUUUUCUAGUUUAUGCAACUUCUUCAUAAUCUAUAGUAAUGUAUUUUGCUCCCUCCCGUUCAAUGUAACUCGACUAAUUUAACUUGUCUCUGAAGAUAAGUUUGCCUUUGUGACCCCGUGAUGUCAAACUUGUGCUUCACAAAUUUUGCUAGUUGCUUUAAUUUAUUACUAUUCUUUGAGU